AUGCACCUUGUAGACAGACUUAGCUUGAACAGUGCAAGUAGAAGCUCAGAUGGUACAUGUUUGCCUUUGACAGGGAUUAACUCCAGAGCAGAUCCAGAAGCACUGUUCACAAAGUUGGAACGAAUAGGGAAGGGCUCUUUCGGGGAGGUGUACAAGGGAAUUGAUAAUCGCACUAAGGCAGUUGUUGCCAUCAAGAUCAUUGACUUGGAAGAAGCAGAGGAUGAGAUUGAAGAUAUACAGCAAGAGAUCACUGUUCUUAGUCAGUGUGACAGUCCAUAUGUCACCAGAUAUUUUGGUUCUUAUUUAAAGAGUACCAAGUUGUGGAUUAUUAUGGAAUAUCUAGGUGGAGGAUCUGCCUUGGAUCUGUUAAAGCCAGGCCCACUGGAGGAGACGUACAUUGCAACAAUUCUUAGGGAAAUUCUGAAAGGUUUAGACUACCUGCAUUCAGAGAGAAAAAUCCAUCGAGACAUUAAAGCUGCUAAUGUACUCCUAUCUGAGAAUGGGGAUGUAAAGUUGGCUGAUUUUGGUGUCGCAGGACAGCUGACAGACACACAGAUCAAAAGAAACACAUUUGUUGGCACUCCAUUUUGGAUGGCACCAGAAGUCAUUAAACAGUCUGCUUAUGACUUUAAGGCAGAUAUCUGGUCUUUGGGUAUAACAGCCAUUGAACUAGCCAAAGGAGAGCCCCCAAACUCAGAUCUUCAUCCUAUGAGAGUUCUAUUUCUUAUCCCUAAAAACAACCCACCUACACUGGAGGGCAGCUACAGCAGACCUUUCAAAGAGUUUGUGGAAGCCUGUCUCAACAAAGACCCCCGAAAUAGACCGACAGCAAAGGAUCUCCUGAGACACAAAUUCAUUACACGUUACACUAAGAAGACAUCAUAUCUAAUAGAGCUGAUUGACCGUUACAAGCGCUGGAAAUCUGAGGGCCACAUAGACGACUCCAGCUCAGACGAUUCUGAUCCGGAAGAUGGAGAUGAAGGGGAUGUGGAACCAUGGAAUUUCCCACCAACAGUCCGUUCAACUUCGAGUUCAAUGAAAAAGCUUCAAAAUGGUGGAGCAGUGCAUCACUCUCGUAAGAACUCUGACAUGAUCAAGCGUCAGCCACGGUCUCAAUGCUUGACCACUCUUGUCGGACCAAUGUUCAGGGAGCUAAAAGACAAGCACAGACAGAAUGGAGGAAAUGUGGGUCCCAUUGAUGAGCUGGAGAAUGCAUUCAGCCUGGCGGAAGAGUCAUGCCCUGGAAUCUCAGACAAAAUGAUCUCACACAUGGUUGAGCGGGUACGACGGUUUGAAAGUAGGCCCUAAUAAAGGGGUAUUGUCUUUGAGAAGAGGAGGUGCUCAUGGAAGAGAAGAGUAUUCCUGCAAAUACUGUACUUUAGAUGGGGUACCAUAUUUCAACACAGGUUACUAGUAUGAUGAUGGGUUAAGCUGUUCAAUGCCACAGGAGUUCAGUGGCUUGACAAGCCUUCAUGCCCAUAUGACUGCUGCCUCAUGCACAUAGAGAAGACUGUAUCCAGUGCAAGGUGACUGUGCUGUGCUCAUCUUUGAGCAUGCAUUGUCAGACAUUGUACCCAUGAUACUCCAUUCUCUCUACAGAAUACAUCAGAUUGCUCUGGCAGCCAGUAAUAGAAGACUGCUCAUACCAAAUGAGGAGUAUGCUGAGUAACAAAUAAAAACAAAGUCCUGCCAGUUGUCUGCUGCACCAUCUGUUAGUGUUGGAGAAAUGUCUGAUCUAACCGUCAUUUGCUUCCUUUAAUUUAAACCAUUAUUUAAAAAUAAGUUGAUUUUGUCAUACCUGUAAAACAAAACUCUUUAGAGCUAGUCAUGGCCUUGUUUUAGUAACUAACUUCAAGGCAUUCUUCCUUCUUUAGUGCAUCCUGCCUCCCAGCAAACCCAGUUACUGAUAGCUGCUGAAGAUUAACAAGGUUCUAAAUAAUUAUCGUUCAGAUCAGCCAUACAGUGUUUUUAUUUAUAUGUUCUUGCAGCUGAGAAUUGCUGGCAUUGAAAACUGUUUUAGAUCAGUAUUUCCUUUUCAGGCAGAACAUACGAUGCAUGGAAAGUGCAGUACAGUAACAGUGCAACUCAAAUAAGCAGUUCGUAUGUAAAAUGAAAUAACCAGUAUCGCCAGAAUCGCAUAGCAUUAGUAAGUUACAGGAAAACUAAACAGUAGGCUUUGCCCUAAAAUUUUAAGGCAUGUAGCUUACACUUGUGCAUUCAGUCUCCCUUUGUAUAGUAAAAUGUGGUUGUAUGGAGACAUAUUCCCUAGGGUGUUUUUGUUUUGGUGGUAGGCAGGUCUUUAAUUCUUGACAAGUACUUGUUUUUAUUUUUAUCCAUGUACUCAGUUUUAUAUGUCUAGGUGUGCACUGAAGGCAGUAUAGUGUCUUUGAAAGUUGGAUGCCCAGUAUAAUCUGUAGUACUUGGGAACUGUGAAUCAUGAGUCACAAAACAAGUUUUGUUUAGUGGUGGAUUAGAAGCAGAAGUUCAUCAUCAUGCAUACUUUCAGCAAUCUGUUAAUGUGCCUUGUUUUCUCACUUAUCUUUUAAGUAAAUGUUUGUGGUGGGGAAGGCUGACCCAUACAUGGAUGACAUAAGAAAUAAAAUGUAUACAUUUAUUUUUAGUAUCAAACAAUGUCAGACUUUCAGGGCUCCUUCACAUUAUAACAUGUUUUUCUUUCCUAAAGUAUAUCUCCACUGCUUAUUAUUUUCUUACAAAUUGCACUACCGAUGCAGUGAUGAUUUGGGGAAUUUGUGCACUGUUUGGCACACUUUGAGAGCAAUGCAUUUAAAAUGCAAAACUACAAAAUGUUGUUUCUGUUUAGGUUUGGUUUUAGGUAUCUCUACUGUAGGGUAUAAUGAAGAAUGUAAUAAAUACUUAGGGAAGAAUCUUGUACAUUGUAUUAUUAAAGAAUAAAGGGAAGAGUUACUGUA